CAUCCUGCUGCGGCGCUGGUCGCGCCUGCGCUUUGGUUCUUGGAAGGCGGUGCUCUGGGAAGCCGGACAACGCGGCACCCGCUCUUCAAAGCGGAGCCGGGAGUUUUUGCUACAGUUGUCGCCACCAUGAGUCGCAGCUAUAAUGAUGAGCUGCAGUUCUUGGAGAAGAUCAAUAAAAACUGCUGGAGGAUCAAGAAGGGCUUCGUGCCCAACAUGCAGGUUGAAGGCGUUUUCUAUGUGAAUGAUGCUCUGGAGAAAUUGAUGUUUGAGGAAUUAAGGAAUGCCUGUCGAGGUGGUGGUGUUGGUGGCUUCCUGCCAGCCAUGAAACAGAUUGGCAACGUGGCAGCCCUGCCUGGAAUUGUUCAUCGAUCUAUUGGGCUUCCUGAUGUCCAUUCAGGAUAUGGGUUUGCUAUUGGGAACAUGGCAGCCUUUGAUAUGAAUGACCCUGAAGCAGUAGUAUCCCCAGGUGGUGUCGGGUUUGACAUCAACUGUGGUGUCCGCUUGCUAAGAACCAAUUUAGAUGAAAGUGAUGUCCAGCCUGUGAAGGAGCAACUUGCCCAAGCUAUGUUUGACCACAUUCCUGUUGGGGUGGGGUCAAAAGGUGUCAUCCCAAUGAAUGCCAAAGACUUAGAGGAGGCCUUGGAGAUGGGAGUGGACUGGUCCUUAAGAGAAGGGUAUGCCUGGGCUGAAGACAAGGAGCACUGCGAGGAGUAUGGAAGAAUGCUGCAAGCUGACCCCAAUAAGGUUUCUGCAAGGGCUAAGAAAAGAGGUCUUCCUCAGUUGGGGACCCUGGGAGCAGGCAACCAUUAUGCAGAAAUCCAGGUUGUGGAUGAGAUUUUCAAUGAGUAUGCUGCUAAAAAAAUGGGCAUCGACCAUAAGGGACAGGUGUGUGUGAUGAUCCACAGUGGAAGCAGAGGCUUGGGCCACCAAGUAGCCACAGAUGCGCUGGUAGCUAUGGAGAAGGCCAUGAAGAGAGACAAGAUUAUAGUCAAUGAUCGGCAGUUGGCUUGUGCUCGAAUCGCUUCCCCAGAGGGUCAGGACUAUCUGAAGGGAAUGGCAGCUGCUGGGAACUAUGCCUGGGUCAACCGCUCUUCCAUGACCUUCUUAACCCGUCAGGCUUUCGCCAAGGUCUUCAACACAACCCCUGAUGACUUGGACCUACACGUGAUCUAUGAUGUUUCUCACAAUAUUGCCAAAGUGGAGCAGCAUGUGGUGGACGGAAAGGAACGGACACUGUUAGUACACAGGAAGGGAUCCACCCGUGCUUUCCCUCCUCACCAUCCCCUCAUUGCUGUUGAUUACCAACUCACUGGACAGCCAGUGCUCAUUGGUGGCACCAUGGGAACCUGUAGUUAUGUUCUUACUGGCACUGAACAGGGCAUGACUGAGACCUUUGGAACAACCUGUCAUGGAGCGGGCCGUGCGUUGUCCCGGGCAAAAUCUCGACGUAAUUUAGAUUUCCAGGAUGUCUUAGACAAAUUGGCAGACAUGGGAAUUGCAAUCCGUGUUGCCUCACCCAAACUGGUUAUGGAAGAGGCUCCUGAGUCUUAUAAGAAUGUGACAGAUGUGGUGAAUACCUGCCAUGAUGCUGGAAUCAGCAAGAAAGCCAUUAAACUGAGACCAAUUGCUGUGAUCAAAGGAUAGAACCUUGGACAGCAGGGCUGUCAGACACCACCGACCCUCUCUGAAGUGGAAGUGGACUGACAUGCUCUUCUGACAUCAGACUCAAGGCAGGACAAAUUGCAGAGUGUGCAGCUGUAACUGCUCAUGCCAAAAUGGCUGAUGGGGAAGCUGCUGCUUUCAGGGGCCCGUGAUUGUAAAAUAACCUUCCAGGAAGAGGCACAUUGCCCACCUUUGGAAAGGGAGGAAUAUGCCUUCUCCUUGGUCGUUCCACAGAGUUUUAGGAAAAUCUGUUAGGGAUGGGUAGGUGUCAAACUGCCUUACGCAGUCAUACAAAUCUUUAGCCAUCAGAUUGAUCUUCUUUACACCAAGCUCUGUUUACAUUCCGAGAGGUGUCAUGAAGAAAGUUCUAUUAAAUAAGGUUUUGGAAUGUU